AUUUGUAUGUACAAACAAGAUGUGGAUCACGAAGGAUUGAGGAAACCCUCACCAACCCAAAUGAAUGGUUAGGUUUACAAUUCCAACCGUUAACGAAGUCUUCCCUCUAAAACACCCCAACUGCAUUUCAAAAUUUCUAUCCAAAAAACACCAGUGUCUUGCUUUCCUAAAGCUAUGCUCCUCAAUCAAACACCUUUAUCAAAUCCAUGCACAAGUCCAAGUCUUUGGUCUGCAAAGCGACACUUUUCUACUGAGCGAACUCGUACGAUUCUGCUCCUUAUCUUCCUGGAAAGACGUGAGUUAUGCUCGUACCCUUCUUGAUACCUCAGUUGACUCUAUGCCCUCUUCAUGGAACAUGCUGAUCAGAGGCUAUGCCUCCAGCGAUUCCGCCAUGGAAGCGAUUUGGGUCUUUCACGAGAUGCGAAGGAGACGGAUUAGACCCAACAACCUUACAUUUCCGUUUCUGCUCAAGGCCUGCGCUAUGUGUUCGCUGCUUAAGGAAGGAAGACAGGUUCAUGUAGAAGUUUUUAAAUAUGGUUUGGAUUGCGAUGUGUAUGUCCAAAACAAUCUGGUUCACUUUUAUGGAUCUUGUAAGAAGAUACGGGAUGCACAGCGCCUGUUCGAUGCAAUGUCUGAGAGAACUGUGGUUUCAUGGAAUGCAAUUAUUACUGCUUGUGUGGAUAAUUUUCAACUACGUGAAAGUAUUAGAUAUUUUGUUAAGAUGAUAGAAUGCGGGUUCGAGCCAGAUGAAACCACAAUGGUGGUCUUGCUCUCUGCUUGCGCAGAGCUUGGGAACCUUAGUUUAGGCAUGUGGGUUCAUUCUCAAGUAAUUGCAAGAGGAUUAGUUCUGAAUCUUCUGUUGGGGACUGCACUUGUUGACAUGUAUGCCAAGUGCGGAGGUGUAGAUUAUGGGAAGGUAGUUUUCAAUAGAAUGGAUGAGAGAAAUGUCUGGACAUGGAGUGCGAUGAUUAUGGGGUUGGCGCAACAUGGCUAUGCCCAUGAAGCACUUCAUUUUUUCUCAAUGAUGAGGAACAAAUCUUCAAUACGUCCAAAUUAUGUCACUUUUCUCGGAGUCCUAUGUGCUUGUAGCCAUGCUGGAUUGGUGGAAGAUGGAUACAGGUACUUUCAUGAAAUGGAGCACAAGCACAAAAUUAAACCAACAAUGAUACAUUAUGGUGCCAUGGUCGAUAUCUUGGGUCGAGCUGGCCGGCUGGAGGAGGCUUAUGACUUCAUCAGGAAUAUGCCUGUUGAACCUGAUCCAAUUGUCCUAAGAACACUACUUAGUGCCUGCAGUAUCCACUCUAAUGAUGGUGAUGGGAUAGGUGAUGAGAUACAAAAGAAGUUGCUGAAAAUGGAGCCAAAGAGGAGCGGGAAUUUUGUUAUCGUUGCAAACAUAUAUGCUGAAGCUGGAAUGUGGGAUAAGGCUGCAAAGGUG